AUGCCGGUGGUCAUGGAACUUUCCCUGGCCGCUGUGCGUGCGGUACACAGCGGCUACCGGACACGAUUGUUCCUUUAUAUCGGUCUUAAUGAGUUCCACGUCAAACUCUUUGGGGACACCGCGGAUGACGACACGGUGCUCGCGAUCUUCUUGAAGCGUAUAGCUGUGAUAUCCUAUAUGCUCCUUUCGGAGAUGAAACUCAUUACGGCAGCACCUCGUUAUCUGGAAACUGUCCUGCUGUUCUCGGCUGCGUUCGCGCCGGUGCUCGCAGCGGACAUGAUGGCGAGCGAGGCGCAGAAAAUAAAAGUCACUCUCAACAACAUUCUACAGAGAGACGACUCCCUGCUGGAAGAUGAUCGUCGCAAAGUGAAACAGUUCGCGGGGUACGUCUCGGCUCGGCCGUUCCGGCUCCGCGCGUGUCGGGUGCUCUCGCUGGACUGCACACUCCCCGUGACCGUGCUCAGCAUCUGCGUCACCUACCUCAUCGUGGUCGUGCAGUUCAUGCAUCUCUACUGAUCUCUGCUCCGCUGCGCCGUGCUAUGGCCCGCGUGGACACAAGUAGAGCUAAACUGGGCCGAGUAGGCGAAGUAAUCAACAUAAAGAGAGGUGUCCGGCAAGGAGACCCCAUCUCACCAAUAUUAUUCAUAGCCGUUUUACAAUACGUAAUGGGAGAGCCGCCAUGGUCCAAUCAAGGUAUUAUUAUAAAUGGUAAAUUUUUAAGUCAUCUUAGAUUUGCCGAUGACAUAUUUUAUUUUCGGAAACCCCUCAUCAAUUAAACAUAAUGGUAAAUUAAUUAAGCCAGGCUAGUAUAUAAACUGGCAUUCCUUGGUGGAGGCUUUGGUAAUGGAUAAUUAAAACAAAUAAAAUUAAACUAAUUACAAAAUAGAAUUUAUAAUUAGAAACUAAAUUCAUCUAGUGUCAUAAAUAUAAUUGAAUUAUAGGUUAAUAAGUUACCAAUGGUCAUCGUUUAAUGUGUACUAUGCGUGGAAUUAAAUAAAGCAAUAUUAUAAAUA